ACCAGAAAUUUUUAGAAGUCCUCAACAAAAAUCUGUCUUACCAUCACACAGUGUUGCCGUUCGUGGAUAGAAGCCACAGUGUUUCUUACGGUAUGGUUACCUGUGGUGACGGUUUCUCCGGCUUAUCGUAAAUGUCAUAUCCUGCAUUCUGCGAAGUCGUCCCGGCUGAUCGUUGUUAUUGCAACUUUGUUUUGUUGAAUGUACUUCACGUAAAGCAGCGUAUCAUUUUCGAGAUAGUGUGACCUACGUAGGAGUAUUUUUAUUGCCGGGUAGAAUAAUAUGUCGGACUCAUCCGAAGAAGAGGAGGUAGAAACUAGUUGGGUGUUGUAUCGGGAUAGGAAUGAUUGGAAGGACGUUACGCCAAUCCCACAGGAUGACGGUCCUCAUCCCAUUGUUGCGAUUGCCUAUUCCGAAAAGUUCACAGAUGCCUACAAUUACUUCCGAGCAAUUUUGAAGACAGAGGAGAAGUCUGAGCGAGCUUUGGGUUUAACUGAAGAUUGCAUAACUUUGAAUCCGGCAAAUUACACGGUAUGGCAGUACAGAAGGGAGAUAAUAAAAGCUUUGGACAAGAAUCUUUGGGAUGAAUUGAAAUACAUAGAAAAAUUGAUCCGUACUAAUCCUAAAAAUUACCAAGUCUGGCAUCACAGGAAAGUCAUAGUUGAGUGGCUUCAAGAUCCAAGUGUGGAUUUACCUCUUACGGAAAUUAUCCUGAAAAAAGAUGCAAAGAAUUAUCAUGCAUGGCAACACCGCCAAUGGCUCAUCAAAACCUUCAAUUUGUUUGAAGGGGAGCUGGAGUACGUAGAACAGCUCUUGAAUGAAGAUAUAAGAAAUAAUUCUGCAUGGAACCAGCGCUACUUUGUGUUGAAUAACACGACAAAGUUUGAGCAACAAGUUAUUGAUCGAGAAAUUCAGUUCACAUUGAAGAAGAUUAAGCUGGUAAAAGGAAACGAAAGUGCAUGGAAUUAUUUGAGAGGGAUUUUACAACACGAUGAAGAAGGUGGACUUGGUAGGAACAAAACAGUCAUGGAAAGUUGUGAGGCUUUGUAUGCCGAGGGUUCAAGGACGGUCCAUCUUCUCGCUUGCAUGAUCGACAUUUGUCAAGAAAGAUGUGCCAUGGGUGAACCACCCAAAUCAGUUUUUAGUGUACAACGAGCUUUGGAGCUGUGUAAAGACUUAGCCGAGGAACACGAUACAAUCAGAAGAAAAUAUUGGGAGUACAUUAGUCAGCAACUAUCCAAAAUGUCAGAAAAAGCGUCUUAGCACCCGCACCACAUAUUUGUGUGAUUUAUGUCUCCAUUCAGAAUUGGACGUGUUUCCGUGUUAAUUUGAAUCAUCCAAUGUCAAAUUUAAUCACGAUCUCGGACGAUUUGCAGACCAUCGAUGUUUCACGGCGCUCGUUGUUGAAGCAAGUAUAGAUUUUCUCCCAUCUGGUACUUAAAAAACCUGUCCAGAACAUCAUGACAAGCGGAACGAUGCAGCGCCUCAAUAAUGGUUUUUAGAUAUCGUUUAGACUCUUCGUUUUUCUUCUUAACCACCCAUCUAAUUGUACAGAAAUAAAUGAGAAAUUUAAUGAAAGUCGA